CGCACAAUCGUUUUUUUUGACACAUACAAACGUGGAAGGCACUACUUGAGCACCUCUGCAUUUUCUUCAAAUAACCGCGACUCAUCUGUCAAUUCUCAACUCUUUAUACGCAUUGAAAUAUUUAUACGCUGUUAAGUAUCGAUCCGGUUAUCUUCGAUCUUCUAUCCAUGGCAGGAGCUGGAGUUGCAGAUGAAGAACAUGAUUAUUCAGUCUUCGCAUUACCACCUGAAGAUGUGAACCAGAGAUUGAAGGCGGUGAUGAAAGGUCUGAGAUCCGAUUUCGGAGGUCCCGAAUUCGAGCCACACAUCACCGUCGUCGGAAUUAUUCGUCUCACCAAGUCCGAUGCCCUUCAAAAGUUCAAUUCCGCCUGCGAAGGUCUGAAAUCUUUUACAGCUCAAGUUGAUUCGGUAGCUACCGGAACUUUCUUCUAUCAAUGCGUCUUCCUUCGCCUCCACACCACUCCUGAGGUGAUGUCAACUGCCGAGAAAAUCAAUGACUGCUUCGGAUACAAGAAUUCAACCCCUUAUAUGCCACACUUGAGCCUCCUCUAUGGGGAUUUAACAGAUGAGGAGAAGAAGAAAGCCCAAGAGAAAGCUGAAGUCUUUGAUGAGAACAUAGGCAGCCUGACCUUCCAGAUCUCUCGUCUUGCCUUGUACAAAAUCGACACGGACUGGGAGAAGGUGGCUGAGUGUAGUCUUGUUUUACCACUUCUUCAUUAAUUCUAUACGUGAAAAGAGAUUGAGUUUUCUGUCCAGCUACAUAGGUACGUUAGAAUUUCUGUGUCUAUCUCUUUUCUCUCACUAUACGGUAUAGAUUUGUCAUUUCGAGAGAGAGUAGUGUUCACCAGCUGACUUUUUUCUUUUCCCCAUGUGAAAACUAUAGUCCUAACAUAUCCUUUUGUUAGGUCUUUUUGUUCAUGUCCUUUUCAUUACCGAAUAC